AUGCCUCUAAAGAGAAGCAAGGCCUCUAAGAAAGCGAACUCUAGGCUAUCCACACCCAGCUCUCUGUCCAGCACGCGCCUACACGGAGAGGUCACCGGGGCGCUCAGCAGGCUGACAAAGCUCAGAGAGCUGCACCUCCAGAAUGCACUGUUCUACGGCUCCCCGGCCGGCCUCAGCACCCUCAAGCAGCUCACCCUUAUGUACGCCGCCCACCUGCCGCCCACCUGCCGCCCACCUGCCGCCCACCUGCCCUCCCACCUGCCCUCCCACCUGCCCUCCCACCUGCCCUCCCACCUGCCCUCCCACCUGCCCACCCCUCUGCAUCCCACCUCGCUGCAUCCCACCCCUCUGCAUAAUAACACCUAUCCACCUCACUCUUUCCAUUUCCCCACUCCCCACUCCCCAAUCCCUUCUCCCCACCCCUCCAGUGACCUCUCUGGCAACUACCUCUCAGGCCACAUCCCAGUCUUCCUGCAGAGAGUCCAGAAAGUCAACUUGACCGACAACUAUUUCUCCUGCUCAGCCUUCUCCCUGGGCGGCAACUGCCUCUCCUCCGUGCCGCGCAGCUGCGGCGAGUCUGCCGCCCAGAAGAGCGUGGCCGAGUGCAACAAGUUCUGUGGGACGGCCAUGGCCACGGGGGUGUGCAGUGGCAAGGGCGUGUGCGUGCUGGAUGUGGAAAAGUUGCUCAACACUCAGGCGUAUGUGCCCAUGUGCAAGUGCCAGGCUGGGUACUGGGCCUCUCACAAGAAGCUGAGAUGCUCCAAGAACAACAAUUGA